GAUUAUUGACAACAGUGUUGUGUAAGACGGGGACGAGUAAGGAGGUGUAAAAAAAAUUGAGGGUUUUGGGAAGAUGUCUCUACUAAAGCAAUUACUUUCUACUGGUGUGGUCUGCUGGCUGUGCAUGAGCAUGGGUGUGACGUUCACCUGGCCCUCAUCAACCCUCCUACUGUUCCGCUCCGAGAACACCACACUGCACCGCCCCAUGACGGAGGCCGAGCAGGCGCUCUUUGGUAGCCUGUCAUCCAUCGGGGCCCUCGUCGCCACGCCGGUCGCUGGCGUCUUACUGGAUGUCAUUGGACGGAAAUACUGCUCGAUAUUGUUCUCGCUGAUGCAUGUGGUAUGUUGGGCUAUGGUGAUAGCCUCGAACAGAGUAGAAGUCCUUCUCACAGCCAUCUUCAUUUCUGGCAUCGGAGGUGCGGCUUUCCUCGUCGUACCAGUGUAUAUCAGUGAAUUCUGCGAAGAUUCCCUACGGGGAGGCAUGACUGCAGGAGCCAUGAUCUUCUACGCUGUAGGGAUGAUCGUGUCCUACGCUAUAGGUGGUUGGAUGGAUUACUAUCCAAUGGUUUACGUGUGCCUCUCUAUUGCGGUGUUGGGUAUUGUGCUCCUGAGUUGGUUGAAGGAGACGCCCGUGUUUUUAAUGAUGAAGGGAAGGGAAGAGGAAGCCAGAGAGUCAUUGGCCUUCUACAGAAAUAAGGUGAAAGAUUCCAAAGCGAUAUUCCAAGAAAUAGAGGCUAUUCGCCGAACAUUAAACCCGGAUUGGGACUCUCCAGACACACCCGAAGAAGUAGAACUGAAGCCCAAGCCGACAGCUGGUUCCAAAGAGAAGCUGUCGAUUCUUCAGUUUAUUAAAAAAUCCUACCCGACCCGCCGGGCGCUCUACGUAGUGUUGGUCCUGAUGACAGCCUCCAUCUUCCAAGGCCUAGUGGCGGUUCAAGUCUACGCCGAGCCCCUCUUCGCAGAGGCCAUCCCCACCAUGUCGGCGACUGUGUCUAGUGUGCUGUUCUCGAUUAUUACCGUUGUUGCUGGAUUGGCGACGGCUUACCUGACGGAUCUUACUGGCAGAAAGCCCCUCAUGAUCUGGUCGUCCAUCGCGGCGGGCGUUUGCUGCGUGCUGCUCGGCUCCCAGAUUCACCUGCACUGGGCCCCGCACAGUGUAACUGCUGUCUUCAUAUUCGCGUUCUGUAUAGUGUACACGCUCGGGGCUGGCACCAUUCCAUAUAUAUUGAGCCCGGAGGUGUUCUUGCCUGAGAUUAAAAGCUUCGUCUCCAUGUUGGUAGUCGAGUGGGCGUGGCUAUGCAACUUCAUCCUCCUCCUAAUCUUCAACCCUCUCGUCACUGCCAUUGGGUUAGGACCCGUCUUCUACAUCUUCGCCGUGGUCUGCUUUGCCACGGCGGUAUUCACGCAGUUCUUCUUGCCUGAGACUAAAGGACUGCCCGUUGAUGCUGUACAGUUGCUGUUUAGUAAGAAGAGAAGAUCCGUGCCGACGCAUGCGUAGAUUAAAUA